AUGUGGAAUAUGUCAUUCAUUAUGGUCCACCACAUUCUGUCACUGAAAUGAUACAACAAUCUGGUAGAGCUGGUCGCAGUGGCCAACAGGCAUUUAGUAUUGUGUAGACCACAAAUCAACAGUUGUCACAGUGUGACAGAUGUCAAAGAUGUCAUGAAAACUGAAAGUUGCAUGAGAAUUGCACUUUAUCAACACUUCCAAGAAGACCCAACUUUCCAAGAUCCGGGACAUUUAUGUUGCACUGUGUGCAGGGAAAAAUGCAAGUGUACUGGUGAUGGCUGUGCCCUGGGUGAAGUUUACCACUUAUCAGCCCCUCAAGACACAAAACAAUCUUCGAGUCCUUCAACAAGGAAACUGAGUGCAGUUGAUAAAGAAGGCUUGCAUCUGGUUCUGAAUAACCUGCGA